CACUGUCUUUGUCUCAACAAAAACAAUAAGAAAAGACAAAGAUUUAUUCCUUUUAUACAUAAUCUCUCUGUCUCUCUCACUUCUUCAUCUCUCUAUUUCUUCUCUCCUUUUCAAUAUAUUUUCACCAUCUCCUCUUUAUUUUUGUAUCUCUCCUCUCUUUUUCAAUAUUACUUUUUUGAGAGGAGAGAAAAUUCUUAAAUUAUUUUAUCUACUUACCCUUUUUCUACGAGUCAUUGCAUAUAUCACCAAUACAGCUACUAUUUCAUAAACCUCGCGUCGCUUUACAGCAACCGAGAUUUGUUGGAAUCAGGUCGAACAACAACGAGAGAAGAUCCAAGUGAAAUCUAGUAUUUAAGGAAUAUAUUUAAUUAUCGUCGAAAGAAAAGACGAAUAAUUAUAGCAAAAAUGAUUUCGAACAACAAAACAAAUAGUAAUAAUAAGAAUAUUGAGGUUGACAAUGAGCAAGAGGAUGAUGCAAGAAAUGGCAUAAAAAAGGGACCAUGGACCCCACAAGAAGAUAUGAUUUUGAUAGAGUACGUGAACAAACAUGGUGAAGGAAAUUGGAAUUCAGUUCAGAAAAAUUCAGGGUUGUUAAGAUGUGGAAAAAGCUGUAGACUUAGAUGGGCUAAUCAUCUAAGGCCUAAUCUUAAGAAAGGUGCAUUUUCUGAAGAAGAAGAAAAAAUCAUCAUUGAACUUCAUGCUAAGCUUGGAAACAAAUGGGCUAGAAUGGCUGCUCAGUUGCCAGGAAGAACAGAUAAUGAAAUAAAGAAUUUCUGGAACACAAGGAUGAAAAGGAGGCAGAGAGCAGGAUUACCACUUUACCCUCCAGAAAUUCAUGCAGAAGCUAUUGCAUACAAUAAUCAUCUAAUGCAGCAACAACAAAAAUAUGAUGAACCUUUCUCUUCUUCAUCAUCUUUAUCAUUUUCAUUACUCUUAUCUUCUUGUUACCCUAAGAAGCUUAAUGACCAAAACCAUUAUAAUCAUCCUCUUCAAAAUCAAAACAACUCUGCAGAUUCUGCUAAUAAUCAUUACACCAAUGAUAAUCCACAGUUCAAUGAAACUCUUGCAUUGCAACCACAUUCACCUUAUCCAUCUUCAUCCUCAACUCUUUUCAACCAAAGUUUUAAUGCUGCUGCUGCUGCUGCACCAAGUGAUUUGAGCUAUGAUCAUGGCUUCAAUGCAGGAGGAGGAGGAAGAGGAGGAGGAUCAAUGUAUGAACCUUUUCCUUUGGUUCCGGGCGGGUCGAAUACCGAGAUAUCUUCGAGCCAAACAACAAUUGAUUCUUCAAGUCCUGCUUCAAGCAUGGUUAAUAAUAAUGAUUACUAUGAAGUUGCACCAAUAUCAAAUGAAGGAAAUAGUGGACUUUUGGAUGCUUUAGUUGUUGAAGGUAGAAACCUUUCAAGCAAUGAUAAGUCAAAGAGUGAGGAUUCAAAUGUUAAGGGGAAUAUUUGUUAUAAGAGAAAAAGCAUGGAGAGUGAAGAUAGCACUAUUCCUUUGGUGUCAGCCAUGAAGAAGAAGAAGAAGAAGAAGAAGAAGAAGAAUGGAAUUAGCAGUAAUGAAAUUCAGAAGGAAGGUUUUAGCUCUUCUCAGUUGUCAACAGGGAAGAAAGCAAUUGAGGAGGAUCCAAUAGAAGAGAUGAAUUCAAUGUACGAUGAUGAUUUGCAUUGCUUGCUGAACAAUUUUCCAGAAAUACCAAUGCCUGAAUGGUAUUGUAGAGGAAAAAGUCAGUCAUUGGGAAUUGAAACUCCAACUGAUCAUGCUUCUUCAUCAUCUGGUCCCACCAAUCAAGAAUUUGCUUGGACUCUUGGACCCACUUGGAACAACAUGCCUGGCAUAUGUUAAUUGUAAACAACAUCAAAUAUUAUUAAUUUCAAAACAAAUAUUCAUAGUCAAAUAGAUAGUUCAAUUCAGCCAUAUUAUAUAGUUAGAAUAGAGAAUUGUACGAUGUUCAAAUGGGUUUCAAAUUUUAAGGAUAUUAAUUCAAUCAA